UGUGACUUCAACCUCGUACAAAUUUCUGUGGUUAACGUGUCAAUUCAAUUGUCAUUGACAUUGAGGCCCGGGAAUGAGAGCAAAGACGUAAACCUCGAGUAUUUUGAGGGCUGAAUUUUGUUGGGAAGUUAUCGUUAAAAAUGGAUGACCUUUUGGAGCUAGAUGUGCACGAAGCUGAGGAGGACGAAGAGUUCAAAGUAGAUGAAGAAUCUGACCAGAAUAUCCAGAAACUGAAACAAAAUGCCAGGAAGCGGAAAGGAAGAGGCUUUGUGGCAGAUACUGCUGGUAUUCGGACUGCGGAUACCGACUUUGAAGCCAUGGAUAUUGACACAGGAGAGAGUGGACCCCAACGAUCGGUGGAAGGCUGGAUUCUGUUUGUUACAGGCGUCCACGAAGAGGGAUCCGAGGAAGAAAUCCGAGACAAGUUUGAGGAGUAUGGCAUUAUUAAGAACAUUCAUGUCAAUCUGGACAGGCGAACAGGCUAUCUGAAGGGCUAUGCUUUGGUGGAGUUUGAGACCUUCAAGGAGGCUCAGAAGGCGAUGGAUGCCCUCAACGGCAGCGAGAUUCUGGGCCAGGAGAUCACCGUGGACUGGGCCUUCGUCAAAGGACCCCACAAGGACCCCAAGAAGAGGAGUGGUCGCAGAAGAUGAGAAGGCUUAGUCCAUUAGUUGUUAAAAUCACGGUUCAUCCUGUCCAAGGUUUCAAGUCGCUGCCCCUCUCAUGAAGGAGAGUCCUGAGUAUUGGAAAACAUACCCACGAGUGUCGGUGCACCAAAGCCAUAUUGUAGGAUGUAACAUUUGAAAGAGAACUUUUUUCCCUUUUGUGUAAAGUUUGGUAGCAUGUAGGUUUGCAUUAUAAGGUCGAAUUACCAGUACACGCAAUUUGUACAUAAAGAAAACAUGUGGUUGAAGUGACGGUUUACUUGAAAUGAAAUGAAAGAUGUUUUAAGAUUAUUCUUUCAAAUCGCGGUAGGCCCUAAUUCGGCCAAACAAGUAUUUUGUCCCUGUUUUUACAAACCGGUCUCAUAACUCAUAACAGAAUGACAUGUACUCCAGUCUUAGAAUCUGCAGUGCAUCAGUUCCCGUAUGUUGUGACACGGAAAAGUGUGCUCAGUUUCAAGCCCCAAAGUCAAUAAAAUGAAAAUGCCGAGCGUUUUCGAAGCGAGCGGCUUCGGCUUAGACUUCGGUUUCGCUGGUUCCAGUCAGAGCUUGAACAUGUGGUUUUGAACACUGCUUCAAGAAGGCUUGAACCAGCGAAACCAAAGUCCACACGCCGAAAACGCUCUAGGAUUCACUCUGGCCACCCCCAGUUGACUGUUUGCACUUCAACCAUUUUGUCACGGAUAGGAAUCUUUAAAGGGGUACUUAAUGUCAUUAGGACCAUUGCUUAUACAUGUCUGAAGCUUGUUUUUUUCCUAGUUGGAAUGUGUUUUAGUCUGUUGUUUUUUGUUCCUCAAGUAGCAAGUUUGUUCUGGCACCCUAAGUUACACAGUCUAAGAGCCAUUUUCAUGGAAUUAGAAAUCAUUCUCUGGUUCUAGUUCGGAGUUUGAAAGGGGUUUUGGAGAACUGUAUUUGGGCAAAUAGCUAUGUAAAUGUGGUCCGUUUUUAUUAAAAUCGUUGUUUGGACCAAAA